AUGGAUAGGACUUUUGACUUUUUUGAGUUAUGUGAAAUACCCUAUAUAAAUAAUAAUAAUGAGGUUUCACCUUUUAUAGUAAAAGCCAAUCAAAUUUGUUAUAAAAUUCAGGAUAUAAUUGUGCAGUUAGAAAAAACUAAAAUAAAGGAUAUAGCAAGUCUAGUUACUAGUAAAGAUUCAAGUUUAGAUUUAUCUUCUUCUAUAACUAAUAAGGUACAAGAGUGUCAGGAUGAUAUAGUUAAUUUAGAGAAAUUCAUAAAACCAGAUAUAUUAGAUAAGGAUGAACUUAAGGCAUUGGAAGCGAAUAGAAGGAUGAUAGUGUCAUGCAUAUAUACACUAUUAGGAGAAUUAACAUCUAAAGUACAGGAAAUGAUGACAAGAAAAUUAGAGCAUCAAUAUCAAAAGAAUAAGAGAUUUGUGGCUAAUAAUAAAUACUUAUAUAGUACUUUAUAUUCAUCGUUAAAUAACAAAGCUAAUAAUGAACAAGAUUUAUACAAUAUAAAUCCGGAUGAUGGAUUAACUCCUGAAAUGCAAAAAAUCUCCCAGGAUUUAUUAGCUCACUUUACAUCAGAUUUAGAUAUAUUAAGAACAUCACAAGAUCAACUACAUGAAAUUUCAAAUUUAAUGACCUUUUUUUCAACAAAAAUACAGGAACAAUCAGAAGUUUGUUCAUCAAUACUUGUUAAUGCAAGAGAUACAAUAGAAUCAAUGGAUAAUUCUAAAGAUCACUUGGAUAAAUUAGAAAAAUACAAUAGGUCGAGAAGGUAA